AUGCUGGCCGACGUCCUCGGCCCCGCCGUCGACAUCGCUCGCCGCGCGGCUGAAGAUGCCGACCCCGAUGGCGAAGACGCCUCCCAGAAGGAGAUCUAUGCCUCCUGGGCCCUCUUUAUCCUCAUCGUCCUGCUCAUAGUAGCACUCUUCACCAGCUACAUGCUCCAGCAGAGGAAGGUCACGGCCAUCCACGAGACUGUCGCAUCCAUCUUUGCUGGUAUGGUCGUCGGCUUGACCCUCCGCGUCGCCGGCGGUGAGAACCUACAGAACCUCGUGAGCUUCGACUACCAGAUCUUCUUCAACCUGCUGCUCCCCCCCAUUAUCCUCUCGUCCGGCUACGAGCUACACCAAGCCAACUUCUUCCGGAACAUCGGCACUAUCUUGACCUUCGCCUUCGCCGGCACAUUCCUCUCCGCCCUGGUCAUCGGUGUUAUUCUCUGGCUGUACACGCGUGUUCCUCUCGAUGGUCUCAACAUGGGGUGGACAGAUGCCAUCUCGGUUGGCGCAACGCUGUCCGCUACGGACCCUGUCACCAUCCUUGCCAUCUUCACCUCCUACAAGGUCGACCCCAAGCUCUACACCAUCAUUUUUGGCGAGUCCAUCCUGAACGACGCUAUUGCGAUCGUCAUAUUCGAGGCCGCCCAGAAAUCCAAGAACGGCGCCGCCGAGAUGUCCGGCGUGGCGAGCCUUUUCUUCGGCAUCGGCACCUUCUUGUUCGACUUCUUCGGCAGCUUGGCUAUCGGCGUUGCUGUUGGCAUCGGCGCCGCGCUGUGUCUGAAGUACACCUAUGUCCGGAGGUUCCCCAAGAUCGAGAGCUGUCUGAUUGUCUUGAUCGCCUAUUCGACCUAUUUCUUCUCCCAGGCCAUCAAGAUGUCAGGUAUCGUCUCUUUGCUCUUCUGCGGGAUCACUCUCAAGCACUACGCUUAUUUCAACAUGUCCCGGAGAACGCAGCUUACGACCAAGUACCUGUUCCAGGUCUUGGCACAGCUGUCAGAAAACUUCAUCUUUAUUUACCUCGGACUCUCCCUCUUCACCGGGGAGGACCUUGAAUUCAAGCCCUUGCUCACUAUUGUCACCGUCUUGGCCGUGUGUGCGGCAAGAUGGGUCGCAGUAUUCCCCUUGUCGCGCGCCAUCAAUUGGUUCAUCCGCUACAAAGCCCGACGCCGCGGGAUUAUGGAUCAGCCGGAUGAGCUGCCAUACAACUACCAGGCGAUGCUGUUUUGGGCUGGUCUGCGAGGUGCCGUAGGGGUGGCUCUGGCCGCCCUCAUCACCGGAAACGACAGAUUCGCGUUGAAGGCCACUGUCCUGGUGGUCGUGGUGUUGACCGUGAUCAUCUUCGGAGGCACGACGGCUCGAAUGCUGGAAAUUUUGAAUAUCCGCACUGGGGUGGUGGAAGAGAUUGACUCGGAUGAUGAGUUCGAUAUUGAGGCAGUCGGUGGCGGCAGCUACUACAAGCGCGCUGGCACCGGGAUUGGGUACAUGCCGCGACGGACCAACUCGAACUUAUCUCUGGGCCGGGUGGAUGGCUCGAACGGGAGGCGUAACGGUAGCAGCGACCCUCACAGCUGGUCAUCCGGCCACCGAAGCCCACAUGGGCUUGAACGGCCCUCGAGCAUCAGCCGGAAGGGCUCCAGGGCCAACUUCCCCGACCAUGAGCAGUCUGAACUCCUUGGCAGCAACUCUGCGAGCGUCACAGACUCUGAUCUGGGUAGCGAUGUCGACAUCUCCGACCUGCCGCCCGCCGCGCCGAAACGGCGGGCCAGCCCUGUACCACCGACCAGCGUACCGGCUGGCGAGAGCUCAGCAGCCUCGCAGCCAGUGCUCUCGGGCACACGCGAAAGGUCUGCCACCCUGACGGAUGGGGCCAGGUCCGCGGCCAGUACUAUCAAGCAGCUGCUCACCUCGGAAGACCCAUCGGCUCUCUUCAGGCAGUUGGACGAGGACUAUAUCAAGCCCCACCUGCUGCUCGAGGACAACCGGGGGCGGGGGCAUGGCAACGGGGGCGCGGGCCCGAGCGGCUAA